AAAUGCUCGUAACACACCCAACAUGCAACCCCCCUAUUCGCUCUGUCAAAACGUCUCCUCCACAAACUGUCUUCCAAUCCCAAACCAUCGCCUCUCUCUCCGUUUGUGUAUAUAUAUAUAUAUAUAUAUCUACAUAAAGUAUUUGUGUGUAUUGGAUGAGUUAGCGAGUUGACUGGGAGGUCGAGUAAGCGUGGUGGUGGUGGAGAACCGACCAUGACUCGGCGGUGCUCUCAUUGCAGCCACAACGGUCACAACUCCCGGACGUGCCCGUCGAGAGGCGGAGGAGGAGGAGGAGGAGGAGGAGGAGGAGGAGGAGGCGGCUGCGUCAAGCUCUUCGGCGUGCGGCUCACCGAUGGCUCGAUCAUCAAGAAGAGCGCCAGUAUGGGAAAUCUCUCGGCUCACUACCAUUCGUCGUCCUCUGCCGCGGCUUCGCCCAAUCCUGGCUCGCCUUCUUCGGACCUUCUCCGCGAGCCGGUUCACGUGCCCGAUGGAUACCUCUCUGACGAUCCUGCUCAGGCCGCGUGUUCCUCCAGUCGCCGUUCCGAACGCAAGAAAGGAGUUCCAUGGACAGAAGAGGAACAUCGCCUGUUCUUGCUUGGUCUCCAGAAGUUAGGGAAAGGAGAUUGGCGUGGGAUAUCUCGUAAUUUUGUCACAUCAAGAACUCCCACCCAGGUAGCAAGCCAUGCUCAGAAACAUUUUAUCAGGCAGAACAAUGCUACACGAAGAAAAAGGAGAUCCAGUCUGUUCGACAUGGUUCCUGAAAUGGGCACUGAUCUUCCAACAAUGCCAGAAGAACAUUUCAUGCUCCCUCCCUCCGGAGCUGAGGAAACUGAUAAACCAAAGUCGGUACCUUCACUAGAGCUCUCUCUCAACCCAGAAUUCGAACCCAUGGAGUCCUCUUCUAAUGAAAAGGCGGAAGAAACCAAAGAAGCUGCAACACCAUCGGGUGAAAUCUCUACAGUAAUCCCUGCAUUCUUCCCGGCUUAUCUACCCGUCUCCUUUUCACUGUGGCCGCCAAAUGCAGUAGCCCUUCCUGAAGGAGGGACCGCAGCAGAAGCAUCUCAUCAUCAGGUCCUUAGGCCGAUUCCCAUGCUCCCGAAACAGCCAGUAAAUGUGGACGAGCUGGUCGUCAUGUCCCAGCUCAGCCUCGGAGAGACUGAAACUGGAAAUGCAGAGCCAUCUCCUCUUUCGCUGAAGCUGUUGGGAGGGGCAUCAAGGCCAUCGGCGUUUCACGCGAGCACCUCAGUGAAUGGAUCGGAUGUAAGCAAAGGCAAGGGAAAUGCAAUUCAAGCAGUCUGAUUAAAGGUGAAGCAGGUUGUUUUUUAAUUAGAUUUCUAAUUAUUUUUGGUCUAUUUUUAUUGUAAAAUCACCUGCUGUUUCUUGUCGAGUCUUUGUUUUACUGAUGUCUUCAGUAGCAGGUAGUUAAUUUUAUGGUUCUUAGAAUGACUCGUAGGUUAAUAUUGUUGGAAAUAUUUAUUCUUUGCUACAGAUAAGAAUCCCCCAAAUAAUUAUAUCAAUCCGAGGACAGCAGGGACUUUUUUCCUUUUAA